AUGAAUAUUCGAGGAUUCAAGUUCUUAGUGGAAGCCACAAUCAUAAAUGUUUAGAUAAGCGUUCAGUUUAAUUGUAAAAUAUAGGUCAUUCUAAAAAGAGGUAUACCAUUUCAUUCUUAAUUAAUUCAAAAAGGGUCGUAAAAAUUGGAAACGCAACCUACGUAUGAAUUGUAGAAAGGAAUUGCCAUAAUCAACGAGUCAUUGAAUUGCACUAUUUCAGUCAAUUUGGGUGCAGAUGGAAAAUUCGAAGAAAAAAAAACUCAAAUAAUUGUCAUUCUGGUCACUGAUAAAGGAUAAAAGAAUGCUGGAAUGCAUAACAUGAAUUUAUCGCAAUAUCUCAAUCAACAAUAGUUUGGUAUGAGGAUAUUCACUUAAAAUAAUUAGAAUUUUAAGAAGUCUUGCCAUUAGAAAAAUGCCCAGAUAAAAAUGCUAAAGUUGUAGUUAACUUUAAAAUUAAACAGAUAGGAGAAAUAGAUUAGGAGUAAUAUUAAAAGCAUAACCUAGAUUGGAAACUACAGAUCAGUCUCUUGACACUUCCUAGGUUUCAAUUUAAACACCGAAAAAGAUGAUAUAGGAACCAAAGAAUGACAAUAGUGGUAUAAUAAGAUAAAUUAUAUUAGACAAAAAGAAUCAAGAUUCUGAUCUAAAUAAUUAGAUUUAAAAACUUAAAUUGAAAUUGAAUGACAUGGUUGAUAAGGAACUUCAUCAAGAGAGUAUACUAAAUUAUGAAUAACAAUUGCAAGAAUAAAAUGCUAAGCUAAAAACCAUCAUUAAUGAAAACACGAUGAUUCAUGCCCAAUUAAAAGCGAAGUCUUUUGUUAUUGAUUAAUAAACUAAUGAGAUUGCUUAGUUGAAAUCAAAAUUAAAUGAAUAUGAACUUGAGAACUAAGAAAAUUACAAAACUCAAAUAAACAUUUUGAAUGAAAAAAAUAUGAAAUUAGAAAACUUAGUCAUUGAACUAAAAUAAGAAAUAAAUAAUUUUAAUGCUAUUAUCUAGGAAACACAAAAGGAAUCCUUUAAUUCUAAUGAAAACAACUAAAUUGAACAAUUAAAUGAGGAAAUUGAAGCCUUGAAAAAGUAGGUUAAGGAAAAGAAUGAACAAAUCUAAAAUCUAAAAAAUCUAACUUCAGGAACAAUUAUGGCAUUAUAAUAGAGAAAUGAGGCUUUGGAAAAACGAUUGAAUGAAUAAAAAGAUGUAGUAGAAAAACUAAAAAAUCAAGACGUAUUUUUACAAUUUAGAAUUAGUAAGCAAUUAAAGCCAUUUCUAGCAAUGACUCAAGUAUCUUAGUUGAAGAACUGUAGUCUGCUUUGACCACUAAGAAACAGGAUAUUGAGACUUUACAAUAGAAGUACGAAUAGGAAUUGGCAAAGAAGGAAGAAAUUGUAUAGAAUUUAUAACAUAAAUUGGAAGAAUCAAUGAGAAAGGAACUUGAUACUAGUAAAACAAGUUAGGAUUCUAAAAAUUAAGCGUAUUAAUUAGAGAAAUAAAUUGAAGUGUCAACAAAUCAGUAAGAUAAAUCCAAAGUAGAACAACAAAUGGCUAGGCUAAGAAGUCAAGUCCAAUAAUGGCAAUCCAAAUGGGAAAGCAACCUAAAAGUACUUAGCGAUUACAAUAAUGAAGUCUAACAAAUGCAAAGACAAAUUGCCGAUGUCCCAUCUUUCAUUGACGAUCAAAAGGAACUUCCCGAUCAGUUACUAUCAUUGAAAAGAGCAAUAUAGAGCAAGCUUUAAGGCUAUUAAUAGUCAUAAAUCUCCUUAGAGUAGAAGGUUCAACAGUUGUAAUAAGAGUUGGAAAUUUGUUAAUAUAAAUUGAAAUUGGAACAAAGUUAAUAAGUAAUAUAAUAAUAUGUAUGGAGUGUUCUGAUUCCUAAUUCCAAGAGUAGAUGCAUGCAUACAGUGAGGAAAUCUAGCGAUUAAACUCAGCACUUUAACAGUAAAAUAAUAUAAUACAUACUUUAGGCAGACGGAAGAAUUAAAAUAAUUGCGUGAAUAAUCUGAACAGUAAAAGCAAUCAGAGUUGGAUUUGUCCAAAUAACUUGAGGAGACUAAAUCAUAGUUGAAUACGGUUAGGUAAAACAUGAUGAAAUGUAAAUAAUAAUUGGCUGAGGCAUUGCAGGAGAAAGUAUUAUUAUAGGCUAAAAUGGCAGAACAGCAAAAAUCGAUUAAAGAAAAGAAUUCAGAAAUUCAAAAGAGCUAAGAAUUGAUUGCAGAACUUGAAUAAUAUAAUAUUCAAAUGGAGGAGACUAUAACCACGACUCUUGAUUAAUAUAAAAUACAAAACCAGUAGACUAAACAAUCCUAUGAAAAAGAGAAAAAGUGGAGACAAGAACUCUAAGAAUAAAUAAAGGCACUCAAAGAGGAAUUAUCAAAACUUCAAUAAGGAUUAGGUUCACAAUAGAAGUAAAAGAAAGAAAUGAAAUAAUAAUGCAAUUGUCAAGAAUAAUUAAAAUAAAAUCAACAUUAUAUUGAAGAAUUAUAAUAACAAAUAGCAGAAUUAUAAUUAUAUAAAUUGGAACAAGGAAUAUAAAGAAAUAGCAUUGCGUAAAUAAGAACAAGUACCUAUGCAAGUAGAAGAGAUUCUUUAAUUCAAUUGUAAAUAGAAGACAUAAAUAAAAAAGACGAUGCUUUUGUUAGUUAAAGAAAUAUUUAAUAAAAUGAAAUUGGAAGAAUUAAGGAACUUGAAGAAUAUAUAAAUCAUUUAACAAAUGAGAAAAUUAAAGUCUCCAAAGAUUAUCAAACUGAAUUAGAAAGAGUACUCUCGGCAAAUGAUGAAUUAGAUAAAAAAUGCAUAAAGUUGUUAUAAGAAUUAGAACUGAGUAAAAUAAAGAUUGGAGAUAUAUUCAAUGCAGCAAUUGAAAUUGGAGGAACUCCAUUGGUUGACAAACUUUAGAUUGCAUUCGGUAUAGAAGAAGAAUGA